AUGAGCUCAGAGGCUUCCGAACAAGAGACGUUCACAAGGAUCUGUUUGCUAGGAACUGGAUCGUUUGGAAAUGUUUUAAAAGUUAAAAGCUCUAAAACGAAUGAAGUGGUGGCCGUCAAAGUGUUCAACAGGACAACAACGAAAAGGGAGAGUGCGAUGAGGGAGUUCAAAACGAUGCGCCGAUUGACGCAUGUCAACGUUGUUUCAGCGCUAAAGUUCUAUGAGGUACGAUUUGCAGUAGUCUGAAUUGCCAGCCUUGGAUAAGAUGAAUAAAAACGUUUAUCUUUAUAGGGCAAAGAUAAGUUCUACUUGUUGAUGGAACUUUGUGAGCACAAUUCCCUGAAAGAGCUGAUGACUGUGCGGCUUACGUUCACGGAUACCGAAGCCAAAUUUUUUAUGAGGGACGUCCUGAAUGGAUUGAUUUAUUUGCAUGCGGAAGGAGUCGUGCAUCGAGACGUGAAAUUAGCAAACCUUCUCCUCGACCUCCACCUGAAUGUAAAAUCUCCUUCUUCGUCAGGAACACAGAACGUUGUAUAA